AUGAGAAGUGGUAGUGGCUAGGAGAUGGGCAUCUUCUCCCUGCUUCUUCUGCUGCCUUUGGUUUCCGGCUUGGAUUUCCGCUACCAUCACACCAAGGAGUUGGAAGCUUUUCUGAAGGAGGUGCACAAGAAGUACUCUGCCAUCACUCAUCUGUACAGCAUUGGCAAGUCGGUGCAAGGUAGAGACCUCUGGGUUCUUGCUCUGGGAAGGUCUCCAACCCAGCAUAAGAUUGGCAUACCAGAGUUCAAGUAUGUUGGUAAUAUGCAUGGGAAUGAGGCUAUUGGGCGGGAACUGCUCCUCCAUUUGAUUGAAUUUUUGGUGACAAGUGAUCAGCAUGAUCCAGUCAUUACAAAACUCAUUAACCACACACGGAUACACAUCAUGCCUUCAAUGAACCCUGAUGGUUUUGAAGCAUCAAUAUUAUUUCACUGUUUUUCCAUGACAGGCAGGUACAAUGCUAAUAAAAAAGACCUGAACAGGAAUUUUCCUGAUCCUUUUACCACCAAUAAAGAAAUUAUCCAGCCAGAGACUAAAGCAGUUAUGCACUGGAUAGAUACUGGGAUGUUUGUCCUUUCUGCUAAUCUGCAUGGGGGAGCACUGGUUGCAAAUUACCCCUUUGAUAAUGGCAAUCAUGUUACAAUUAAUGCAAAAGGUAUUAGCAAAACACUGGAUGAUGAUGUUUUUGUUCACCUUGCAAGCACAUAUGCUAACAACCAUCCCACAAUGCAUAAAGGGGCGACGUGUAACAGUGAUUACUUUAAAGAUGGCAUUACAAAUGGGUAUCACUGGUAUAAAGUGAAAGGUAGCAUGCAGGAUUAUAAUUACGUUUGGGGACAAUGCUUUGACAUUACAUUGGAGUUAUCAUGUUGUCGCUAUCCAUCAGAGGAUAUGAUUCAGUCUUUCUGGGAUGACAAUAAAGUUGCUCUGAUUGAAUACAUUAAACAAAUUCAUCUAGGUGUAAAAGGUCGUGUUUUGAAUCAAAAGAAAGAAUGCAUUGCAGAUGUGAUAGUGGAAGUUCAAGGAAGAAGGCAUAUAUGUCCUUACAAGACUAAUAAAAAUGGAGAAUAUUACCUCCUCCUCCUGCCAGGGGUCUAUAUUCUUAAUGCAACUCUCCCUGGAUUUAUGUCAUUACAACAGGAAGUGGUUUUACCAAAUGGUGUAGAAAAAUUCAGUGCCUAUGAAUAUGACUUCAUUUUCUCCCAGGGGCCUACCAGAACAAAGCGUAUUUCAUGCCCAUUGAAACCACAUUAUUCAAAUAGUGGUAGUAAAUUUACCAUUACAGUGCUUAGUAUUAACGUUCUAUUUUUUGUAUACAUAGUCAGAUAAAACCUUGUAUUUCUGUUUGCUUUUUGACAACAGUUGUGUGUACUUGACUA